UGGUGCCGGGCACCGCAAAGCUAAUUUUACUUUCGUUUGGAAUAGAAAAGCUACCAAAUCACAUGUAAAUGUUUUGCUUUGGCUUUAUUAGUUCCAAUUUACGAUGCAUAGCUGUUGAACCACUUCACUUAGGGUCGUCAUGAGUUUCUAUGUAGUUAUCUUUAGUGUUACACAAUAGCUGAAAUGAUAUCAAAAUUGGUUGCUGCCGCGUCUGUUGCGGAAACUCAACUUCAAAAUGAUUGGAAUACGGCGCUACCAUACGAAAAGAUCUCGGGACCAUCACGACUAACUUUAAUAAAAGAUAGUCUACCUGGAGGAAAAUUCACAACUCUAAAUCUUGGCGAUGUAAUGGAACAGUACCGUCAGCAGUAUGGAAAUAUUUUCAAAAUGCCGGGAAUGUUUGGAAAACCUGAAACGGUGCUUGUUUUUGAUCCAAAAGAUUUCGAAGCAAUUUAUCGUACUGAAGGAGUUUGGCCUGUUCGUCCCAGUUUGGAGACCGUCGCGUAUUACAGGAAGAAGGUUCGACCAGAUAUUUUCUCCACCGGCGGAUUGGGAGUUGAGCAAGGAAAAGAAUGGGCUGAAUUCAGGACAGCCGUAAAUCCGGUGAUGAUGCAGCCUAAGAUCGUGAAACAAUAUAUUCCACAAAUCGACAAAUUUAUGGAUGAAUUUAUUGUUCGAAUGAAGAAAAUUCGAGAUUCAAAUACAUAUGAACUACCGGAAAAUUUCGAGGAAGAACUAAAUAGGUGGUCUUUGGAGGCUAUUUGCAUAAUAGCCCUCGAUACACGCCUUGGAAUUAUGGGAAAAUUGGACAAAAAUAGUAAAGAACAUGAAUUUAUAAACGCUGUGAAAAGAUUCUUUUAUUUGAUGUCCGUUCUUGACCUGAAACCGUCAAUGUGGAAAGUAUUUCCCACUCCAGACUUCAAGGAAAUGAUGCGCGUUUUAGAUGUUAUAACAGAUUUCAGUUUCCACCAUGUAGAUGAAGCGAAGAAACGUUUGGAAUCCCAAGUGAAUAAAAAAAGUGAAAAAGAACAAAGCGUUCUUGAGAAGCUUAUCAAAAUCAAUCCAAAUGUAGCUACAAUUAUGGCUAACGAUAUGGUUACAGCAGGUGUUGACACAACGAGUUCGGCGGCAACUAGCGUCUUAUUUACCCUAGCAAAGAAUCCCGAUAAGCAAAAUAUCCUUCGUAAUUAACUACGGAAAAUUCUCCCCGAAAAAGAUAGUCCUUUAACUCCACAAAACAUGUCUAAUUUACCAUACCUUCGAGCAUGCAUUAAGGAAUCGUUGAGAGUCUUGCCUGUGGUCAUUGGAAAUUCCCGAAAAACUGGGAAAGAUUUAGUACUG